AUGGCAGAAGAACCAGGAACAAAUUACCAUGUUUAUUUCCUGGUAACUCAGGAGAACGAACGAAAUGUUAAACGGAUAGUAACUGCUAUUAGAUGCAAUCAAAGAAAUGACGAUCAAUAUAGGGAGCUUAUACAAAACCUCAAUAAUGGGGACGAAAUAGUUAACACCCGGGGUGUGUGGUUAUAUUUCAACGACUUGUUGUAUUGGAAAGCACAGAGGGAACACCAGAGAUGGAAAAUCUGCAUUCCGAAAACUGUUGUGUACGAAUUAAUUACUUAUAUUCAUGAAGGUUACGGGCAUUUUGGAAUUCAUAAAUGUAUUAAACAUCUAAUGAAGUAUUAUUAUUUCAAAAAUAUGUCCCGUAUUGUGAGAAGUAUUAUUAGGGCUUGUGAAACCUGUCAAAAGGUUAAAGUUAAUAACAAAUCUAAGCGGUAUAAACUAUAUGCUGUAAUUCCUCGAGGUCUGUGGGAUCUACUGUCAUUAGAUUUUUUCGACCCUCUGCCUCGUAGUUCAGGAGGAUUUACUUAUGUGUUUGUUGUCAUGGAAUGUUGGUCCAAACAUGUGAAGCUAUAUACUUUGAAACGAGCGAAUACCGCAAGCGUUAUACGCUGUCUUACCCGAAAUUACUUUGUUAACUGGGGCAUUCCUAAACGACUUAUGUCUGACAACGGUAGUGCCUUUAUUAGUCAAAAGUUUCAAGAUAUGAUAAAACAAUAUGGAAUCAAACAAAUCUUAAUUUCGAAAUAUCACCCUCAAAGUAAUUUAGUUGAAAGAGUCAUGAAAGAAUUAGGACGAUUAUGGAAUGUGUCAAAACGUAACUGUAUCAGUGCAUUGUACACUAUGGACAAAUCUGCACAUACGUCACACACUCUUUCAGAGUGCGUGAAGGAUAUACAUCUGUGCAGCGACAGAAAAAUCGAGGCAAUCAACACUGGAUUAAUGGAACUAGAAAGACAUAUCAAGUUACAGGCUAUAGAUGUCGAAGUGUUUAAUGCUAGGAUAGAACAAUGUGAUGUCAACUACAAAAUUGAAGAAGUGAACACAAAACCUACAGAUAUGCAUGGAUGA